AUGGCCAUGGCUAAUUCCCUGUGCUACACCAGCCCGUUCCAGAUAAAAUCCCCAUCGGAGCAGAAGCCCCAGCUGCAACUACCCGGAGCUGGCCUCACGCGCCGCUCGCUUCCCUCUCUGAGAUUCACACCGGCGGUUAGGCCCUCUUCCUCGACCGCGCCGGUUUUUGCGGCCGCCUCCGCCGGCGCAGUUGAAGCCGAGCCUAAAUCGAGAGCUGCUACCCCCGCGAAGGCCCUGCCCUUUCGCGUGGGCCACGGGUUUGACCUUCACCGGCUCGAGCCGGGCUACCCUCUUAUCAUCGGCGGCGUUAACAUCCCUCACGAUCGAGGCUGCGAGGCCCAUUCAGAUGGUGAUGUGCUGCUGCAUUGUGUGGUUGAUGCAAUAUUGGGGGCACUCGGGCUUCCGGAUAUCGGGCAGAUCUUUCCGGACAAUGAUCCUAAAUGGAAAGGCGCACCAUCUUCCGUUUUUAUGAAGGAGGCCGUUCGCCUAAUGCAUGAGUCGGGCUAUGAACUAGGUAAUUUGGAUUCCACUCUGAUUCUGCAAAGACCAAAGUUGAGCCCCCAUAAGGAGGCUAUCAGGGCAAAUUUAUGCGAACUACUCGGGGCUGACCCUUCUGUCGUGAAUCUAAAGGCAAAAACGCACGAGAAGGUUGACAGCCUCGGGGAAAAUAGGAGUAUUGCUGCACACACAGUCGUUCUUCUUGUGAGGAAGUAA